AGAAGAGAUGAACGCGAACGGGCGACUCGUGAACGACAAAGCCGCGGCGAGAUAAGCCUUCUCGGUACGUGAGCCUCCGCGGCCGCCGGAACCUUGAAUACAACCGCGCUCCUUCCCGCGAUAUAAUAAUAAACCUCUCAGUCUGGCCCGAGCCUUUACCGACACAACACGACCGACUGUUCUCAUUUUCUGACCCGAAUCCGAGCCUUGUGAUACGCGACACGCGGGUAGACCGAAAUGUGCCCGUGCACACCCCCGGAGUGACUGUGACGUGAACUCCAGUGUUCCGAUAUGCAGUGACACAACACUUGUAUACAGAUAGCGUAUAUUGUGAUGUUUUGUGCCAAAACUCCUUGUGCCAUAUCCGUAGGAGAUACUUUUAUUAAUUUUUAUUAUACGCCAGGCUGGGUGAGCGAUGAAGGGGUGGUUCGACGCGUUCCGCGAGGAAGGCGGGCCGACCCUGUACGCGUACCACAACCGGACGGCGGUGGCGGCUGAUGUGCCGGCGCUGGCGCUGGUCAUCGCUGCGCUCACGCUCUACAUCGCUUUCCUCGCUGUUUUUCCCGGCAUCAGGAAAGAGAGGUUUUCCACGUUCACCAUCGUCACGCUUAGUCUCUUCGUUGGAACUGUUAUACUAGUGUGCAAACACGGGUCGUCGUGGCACGUGGGAGGCGCCCGGGUGUCGCGCGCUGCGUACCGCGCCUACUCUGCUGAACGCCUGGACUGCUGGCUGGCCGGCCAUGUAGGGCUCGGACACGUGAACGUCACGCUUACCGCGCUGUCCUGGGGUAACACCUCCGUCGGAGACCCUGGCGUGGAUUACAACGAGCAGUUCCGGUGGGAGGACGCGGGCGGCGUGCAGGAGUGGUACAGAGAAGGCCUGGAGCGGGGUUUGCCGUACCCUGUGCUGAGUGUGGCUGAACACUUCGCGGUGCAACACGAGGGCUUCGAGUGGGGAGCCAAGUACCGCGCAGCUGGCUAUACCACCUCGACCUUGCUAUGGGCAGCACUAGCGCUAUGGCUACUAAUGAACCUGCUGCUCGUGGUGGUACCUCGCUACGGCGCGUACGCGAUGGCAACGCUGGGUGUGACGUUGUGCGCGGCGGCCGGCGGGUACUGGGCGUCGCUACCUCAUGUGCCUUUAGUGGUGCGGCUGGAUGGAUCCACGUUGCUGUUCUCGCUAGGCUGGUGCUUCUGGCUGGUGCUCAUAUCGGGGUGCAUCUGCCUCGUGGUGGGCCUGCUGAUCGCAGCAGUGGACCUUGUGUGGCCGCACCGGUUCUCCACAGUGUUAGAAGUAGACUACGACACGCCGUAUGACAGACACGUGCUCAUCGUCGAUAGCCGACAGCGAGCACGGCCUCAAACACAGCAAUCCUUGCCGUCUAGAAUACUUAGGAGAUUAUCAUCGAAAACUAGAGAAACGGAGGGCCAGGUUUCUAUGGCGGUUGUGAACGAGAAUGGUCGGGACAACCCCGCCUUUCAGCACGAGCAUCGCAAACCAAACUCGCCCUGGAGGUAUCCUCUCUUCAGGAGGCAGAUUGACAGAGCGGACAGUGCAUCUAGUAUAGGUUCCAGUAUUAAUGGCCACAGUACGGCAAUCAAGAUGUCGCCACUAGCGGGGAGUCCUCCAAAUCCACCUUUAGCUAUCCCAGCACACAGGUUUCGACCUCAAAUACCUGCUGCGGAACGAGUUAAAGAUAUGUGGUGAGAUGGUGCGGUCACCUGAAGCAAUGGCAUUUGUUAGUGAAUAUUGUAAUGAACUAUGUAAGAAAUUGACCAAGUAGUGUGAAUUCAAGUUACCGAUCUCCAAAAUGGACGACAGUAAUCAUAAAUAAGGAGACUGUUUCUCGAAAUAUUUAAUGGCAUUGUCUCAUAACUCUCAUAAGCGAGGCAGUCUCCUGCGUGUAAAUAUGUACAUUAUACUAAUUAUCUAAAUUAUGUUUAAGCACCUGCCCAGUGUCAUAAAUUGUAAUAAUGUAAAAAUAGAUAUGCUAAGUUACAGGAUUUUGAUGUUUACCUCGUUUAUAAAUGAUGGUUAUAUAGCAGAGGUGCUCAGGUGUAUUAGACUGCAUCGACACAAGUGAAUACUUUGUGCCAUGUACUCACUCCACAAUACAAAUCAGUUUACUAACUCGCACCAUAAUAAAGCAUCAUAAUUUUGCUUUAUAGAUAUAUUUCAUUUUUGUCCAUAACGAGUAACAUAAAACUAGUCUAGUUAAACUAAAGUUGAAUCAAGCCAAUUCAAAUACGC